AUGCAUGGUCUUCCAGCGAAAACACCAACAUUCCAGUUUUAUAGAGAAGAGCAAUGCGCUCAAAUUCUAGACCAGCAGCUCGACAGAUAUGAGCGUACUGGGGAAGGACCCUACGUGAUCAUAACUUCAGUUGAUGAACGUUCUUUCCUCGAAUGCUUUACUGAGUCUAGACAUGAUCUUCUACAGAAAUCAUGUGUGUCUUACGACGAGCAACAUUCUAUUAUCCUUUUAGAGAUGGAGUCAAAAGUGCACGCCUCCGCUUGUCAUUCUUUUACAGGGAUAAUUGAAACUUGGGGUUACCAGGCGGAAAGUAUCAUUAUGCCAACAGGAUCUGCAUCGUUUCGCGGCACUACACGGACAAAACGGGGAGACUGCUCCUGGAUGCCAGCUGAAAUUCCAUCUGGACGCAGCCCGAAAUGGCCAACUUUGGCUGUGGAAGUCCAGUGGUCAGAACCAACAUCGCAUCUAAUGGAUGACAUUCGUUUUUGGCUGGAUGAUUCAGAGGGAGAUGUAAAGAUCAUGCUCACUAUUUCGAUCUCCGCUCGUUACACGAUAACCAUUCAAAGAUGGUCUCUACGUUAUCCCCAAAAUAAAUCGAAGCCUCUUCCAUUCCCGACCGCAACAGUCCAAAUCACCAGGGGCCUCAACAAAACCAGUCAGCCUAGGAUCACGGGCAAUAUAACUAUCCCUUUUGAGGAAGUAUUCCUUCAGCCGAGACGGCCAACCGAAAGUGACCUAAUUCUCUCACGACCUGUUUUGGAACGUAUGGCUUCGAAGAUUUGGACUGCUCAAGAUCAGCAAUAG